CCGAAACACAAAACACAUGGAGACGACAUUCGAUUCUCUAUAUAAAUCCAUGGAUAACCCCUGCGAAUGCUUCGCAUUACACAUACAGAAUCCUUCCCCUUCUGAUCAUCACGAGCUCUGAAAUUAAAUCAUAGGGGUUCUGGGUUCUUCUAAAUCUAAUCGAUUGCUCGCAGAUGGAAUCCGAGAACCAUGAACAUGGACACACUGUCGACAUAUCUGCUGCCCUUCCAUCUGAAGAGAACAACAGGCAAACUGUAAGCAAGGUUUGUGGUGGAGCACCAUGUGGAUUCUCAGACUCAAAAACCACUUCCAGGGAGGCAAAAGAAAGAUCGGCAUCAAUGUGGAAACUCUGGUUUGGAGUGAUCCUGUGUAUCAUAUUUAUGAGCGUAGAAGUUGUAGGUGGAAUCAAAGCAAACAGUCUGGCAAUCCUUACAGAUGCUGCUCAUCUCUUAUCAGAUGUUGCAGCUUUUGCAAUCUCUCUGUUCUCUGUUUGGGCUUCUGGAUGGGAAGCCACACCCAGGCAAUCAUACGGGUUUUUCAGGAUUGAAAUUCUUGGGACUUUAGUUUCGAUCCAAAUCAUUUGGUUGUUAACUGGAAUCCUAGUUUAUGAAGCCAUUGAGCGUCUCCUUCAUGGCACAGUUGAUGUUGAAGGCAGUCUAAUGUUUGGCAUCGCGUCAUUUGGCUUGAUCGUCAACAUUCUCAUGAUGUUCAUACUAGGCCAUGACCAUGGCCAUGGCCAUAGCCAUGGACAUGGACAUGGACAUGGACAUGACCAUGAUCAUGACCAUGGUGAAGAUGAUGUUCAUAUCCAUGGAGUUAGUGUCACAACCCACCAACACCACCAUCAUGAUCAUGAUCAUGGUCAUGGUCAUGAACAUGAUCAUGAUGAAGGACACAAUGAGCCUCUGUUGAAAACGUAUUCUUCAAAAGAAACGAAGAAAAGGGGGAAUAUAAAUGUGCAAGGUGCGUAUCUUCAUGUUUUAGGGGAUUUAAUACAGAGUAUCGGGGUAAUGAUAGGGGCAGGGGUAAUAUGGUACAAACCAAGCUUAAAAGUAAUAGAUCCGAUAUGUACUUUGCUGUUUUCGGUUAUUGUUCUGUAUACAACCAUCAACAUGCUCCGUGACAUAUUGGAGGUAUUAAUGGAGAGCACACCAAGAGAAAUCGAUGCAACGAGUCUUGAAAGAGGGCUUUGUGAAAUAGAAGAAGUGGUUGCGAUUCAUGAGUUGCAUAUUUGGGCAAUUACUGUUGGGAAAGUGCUGUUGGCAUGCCACGUCAGGAUCAGGCCUGAAGCUGAUGCUGAUAUGGUUCUUGAUAAGGUCGUGGAUUAUAUCAAAAGAGAGUAUAACAUCAGCCAUGUCACCAUUCAGAUUGAAAGAGAAUAAAUAAAUCAGUUUUAAAAAAUUUUGGGCGACUUGAUUCUUUUAGGGUUUUUUAGUUGUGGGUCAGGUUUAUGUGCAGGGAUUAUGGUUUUAAGAUUUUGUUUUUUCUGUCAUCUUAUUUGGGUUUGUAUCUUACUUAUUGAUGCCAUAAAAUGCACAAAAAAAAAAAAAAAAAAAAAAAAAAAAAAAAAAAAAAAAAAAAAAAAAAAAAAAAAACAUUUGUGUGGGGAAUCUUUAUUGGUUAGAAAUAUGAAUUUAGAUUUUCCCACUUUGUGGAAUGUUUUUAAUUAUCUAUUUAUAACAGAGAUUAUUUAUUGC